GGAGUUUGGUAAAAAAAAAUGGACACUGAUCCAGGCAUUCUGUGCUUUCAACACUGUGGACCUGUCAAUAUAUUUUGUUUUGAACUACCUCUUCAAUGUCCAGUGUGUGGAGCUCCUCUUGCCACUGUCAAUUUCCGGUUGCUCCCUUUUCGUGUUCCUUAUCCUUUUGUACGAGCAACACAGCACCCAUGCUCUAUUGUCAUAAAGCCCACAACAGGGGACUUUCUCAAUGACUAUUUCAAUUCAAAAGAUCUGCACAUAGGUGUAACUGAUUCCAAAGGGAUGGUUGUGGAGUUUGACCGUGGUGGUCUUCAGUGUGCAGAUGCUCAACUUUGGAAACAAUGUUUAGUCUUGGACGGAGCAGCAGGCCCAUGGAGUGAUCACUGGGAUGGUACUUUAUCAAAUGUAGCACAACAAGAUUGUUGGACAUCUGAGAGGUACAAUGAAGCUGAUUUCAACUGUUACACAUUUGUAUUGUCAUUUUUGCGCAGCCUUAGAUAUGGCCGCCUCAGUGAAGCGGCUGACAACCGCACUGAGUUCUGUGAAAAAUUCAUUAUUCCACGUACAACAGCAGCUGGAAAGUACAUUUCCCUGUUCAGAAAGUUAAGACAAAGUCAAAACCAAUGUUAUGUUUAUAAAAUGCAGCAAUCCACUUUGGGAGCAGGCUCUCCUGUUGCUAUCACUGCCAGAUGACUGCACUUCUCUAAAUGUUAUUAUAAUUUCAUUAUUUUAAAUGCA